AGUUUGAAAGCGAUGAUAAUAGUGCCUGAAAAGGUGGUUCCAUAAGUAGUUUAGUGAAGUUUUAAGACCAAAUCGAUAUUUAAACCCAACUGAGCCAUUCGCGGCUUUUGCUUUCUGUGUUUGUAAAUCACUCUCUACGGAAAAAUCCCAAUUUGAUAAACCCAUCAACAACUAGAAGACGUCGUUUGUAAUCCUAGUUUUAUUCGCCAAUAUUCGAUUCUGGGUGCUUGAAAUCAGAAGCCCUAACCCUAAAUUUUCAAUUUCAUGGCGUCGAGGAAGAAACAGUCGGAAGGAAUCGCUUUACUCUCCAUGUACAACGAUGAAGACGAUGAAGAUAUGGAAGAUCUCGAUGACCAGCAACGAGAAGAGCAGCAGCAAAAACAAGAAGACGAGCUGUUGGAACCUCAGAACGACUAUAGAGAAUCAAACGAGCAGGGGCCUGAUUCACUGAAUGACACAAUGGUUAUUGAUGAAUUUCCUAAUGAUUCUUCGUCGUCUGUUCUCAGUCUGAAUUCGACGCCUAAAGACGGUUUAUUGCGGCCUUUGACGCCGCAGCAGCCUCAGGUUUCGUUCUCAUCAUCUCUGCAGCAACAGCAGCAACGACUAGUUAACUUGGAGGUGAAAAGAAGUGGAAGAGGGAGGCUUACCAUUGUGGACUAUGGUCAUGAUGAAGUUGCUAUGUCUCCUGAGCCCGAAGAAGGGGAAUUUGUUGAGGAGCUUCUAACAGCUAACGCAGGUGCUAGCCAAGAAAUAACGCCUGCAGGAACUGUUCAAGUUUUAACACCUAGUGCUCAAGCAACUCCUCAAUCAUCAGAACUUUUAGAAACAUCACAACCUGAUGAAAUGAAUAAUGCUGUUAUUCUAUCAGAAGCUGCAGAAAAUGAAGGCACAACUAAUGUUCCUGCAGAAGAUGCUGGUUCAUUGGAUAAAUUUCUUCCUCCACCACCAAAAGAGAAGUGCCCAGAGGAACUGCAGAGGAAAAUAGACAAAUUUCUUGCUUUGAAGAAGGUUGGGAGAAGCUUCAAUGCAGAAGUUCGCAAUAGAAAGGAUUAUCGUAAUCCUGACUUCUUGCUGCAUGCAGUGAGGUAUCAAGAUAUUGAUCAGAUUGGGUCUUGCUUCAGUAAAGAUGUAUUUGACCCUCAUGGAUAUGACAAAAGCGACUUCUUUGAUGAAAUAGAAGCUGAUAUGAGACGUGAAAAAGAGAGGAAGGAGCAAGAGUUGAAGAAGAGUCCUAAGGUUGAAUUUAUUUCAGGAGGAACUCAGCCUGGACAGGUUGUGGGCGCACCAAAGUUUCCCCUGCCUAUUCCAGCUGGUGCUUCCAGUGCUUUGCAUUCCACAUCAACCACAGCCGAUGCUGUUGCUCGAGAUGGUAGACAAAACAAGAAGACAAAAUGGGAUAAGGUAGAUGGUGAUGGAAGAAAUCUUCUACCGACUGGUGGACAGGAUUCUUUAGCCACUGUGGCAGCCCAUGCAGCUCUUUUAUCUGCUGCUAAUGUUGGCGCUGGAUACACAGCUUUCGUGCAGCAGAAACGGCGAGAAGCGGAAGAAAAAAGAUCUAGUGAAAAGAAGUUGGAGAGAAGAUCUUGAACUGUUCAUUGUAAUUCUUGGCAGGAAAACUAAGACACGUAUUAGAAGGAAAAGCAACCUUGCUUCAUAUAAAUAUAUUUUUUAAUUUUAACUAAUUUUUAUGAAUGAAAAUCAUAGUCAACUGUCUUUACAGCUAAUUGAGGUUCAAUGUAAUAUAUAGCGACCAUCACGUGUUGUAUGUCUUCUUAUGCACAUAUGUGAUGAGCUCAAAUUUCAGAUUAACAUAAUUUUUUCAGUGGGUUGUUUCUAAUGGAAGAUUGGAUCAGAUCAUGCAGCUCAAGAGCUUAUAUUAUAGCAGUAAUGAUGCAAUUUAUCUUAAAUCCUUA